AGAAAACAAAGGGAAAAGGGGAAGUUUAGCUGACUUUCUAACAGAUGUAGGAACAUUAAAAACAUAACAUGAUUAACAGUGAAUAAAAAGACAAUUAAUACUGUAGGUGACGAUGAAAUAUAGUAAAGUUUCUGGGUAAAAGCAAAGAUAAGAUAGGUUAAACACAAAUAUUUCAAAUAAAAUGGAAAGGAAAAUGAACAUUUAUUAAAUAGAAGUCUUAAAUGUGACAAAUCAUGAAGAAUAUGAUAAGAAACAACCAUACAACUAGAUGUAACUACUUUUUUUGAACCAGUGUGCCAGUGUGCUGUACGUUUAUAAAGCAUUUAGUUAAUUAAUUGUUUAGCUUUUCAUACAAACAAUUGUUUACCCAACAGUCAUCCAUGAUAUACUGUUAAAUUCACAAGCUGAAUUUUAUUUCUUGGUAAAUAGAAUAAUGUAUAUACAUAUGUAUCAAGAAAUAUGUAAAAUUCAGCAGAUAUCGCACAUGUUAUUAUAUUAUUACUGUACUGCAAAUAAAGUGCAACCAGAGAAUGAGUUGGCAUUCAGGAAACAGGAGUUCAGCGUAAACUCAUCUGAGAGGAGAACAGGUUCAACAGGCUGUGAUGUCACAACUGUCACAAUCAUGGUACGUGUUUCCUCCUGCCAGCCGAGCUUCCUCAUUUGUCCAAGCAUCCUGUUUGACUGGAUGAUCUGCUGAUGGACCCCCCGACGUAUGAGGAGGCCGGUCUCUACCCUUCUGCUUUUGGCAUAGAAGAAUUCAACACCCCCCCUCCCCCCUCCUACGACGCCUCCUUCUCCUCCCCCUCGACACCUCCUCCCACCUAUGGAGAGGCAGUUACCGUCCUGCCAGAUCGAUUUCCUAUCCUGACGCCUCCCACUGUGCCAACUGCUGUGACGUCACCUGGAAUCGUAACCCAUCCAACGACACACAUUGGUGUCACACCGCCAGUUGUAGCGUCCCAGCCACAGUCCACAACAAGUGCCUCACUGUCACAUCUGAGAGACGUCCCUGCUGAGGUACGCUGUCCACACUGCCAAAACAACGUCACCACCAAAGUCACAUACCAGCCUGGGAGGGCCGCCUGGUGCACGUGCAUACUUCUCACAUCGAUAGGGUUGAUUUGUGGUUUCUGUCUUAUUCCGCUCAUGGCUCGUGGGCUACAAGACGCUCAUCACUCCUGCCCGCAGUGUGGAAAGCAUCUGCACAAACACACAAGAUGACACUGUCAGGAUUAAGCCCCCUAAAGUGACUGCCUAAGAUCUUAUAAUUUACCUAGUUUUGCAACAAAAUGGCUAAAUACACUGCUUGACAUGAGUGGAAAAGGAAACAUAGUGUAUUUAGCAAUAUUUAUAAAAAAUUUUCUAUAAUAUAUUGAUCUUACAGGUGGACAUUGAAGUAGUGGAUUAC